GUGAAGAACAGUAUCUAUCACAGCUGGUCAUCUUUUCCAAAUGUUCUCUCUCUCUCCCUUCUGCUACUCACUUCAUCAUACUACAUAAUAGUAUUUAUAAAUUCUUCUAUAAUAUUUACGGAUCGGAGUAGUAUAGUAUUUUUCCGUUCAAUUUUUGAUGCCUCUACCUUUUCUGCCUCGUCGUUUGUUUUCCGAGGAUUGGGGCAAGAAUUUUCCUGGCCACAAGGGUAAGCGGGGCAGUGAGAGUGAGGGGCGAUUGCAGAUUUGGAAUGGGUGGGGUGACGUCCUCAAUGGCGGCGAAGCUGGCUUUCUUCCCACCUAGCCCGCCGUCGUACAAAGUGGUCAAGGACGAGGUCACGGGGCUGCUGCUGCUUGACCCGUUCCCUCACCGGGAAAACGUCGACGUCCUGCGACUGAAGACCCGCCGGGGGUCGAGAUCGUGGCGCUGUAUGUCCGGGUAUCCGAUGGCCACCUCCACGGCUGCUCUACUCCCAUGGCAACGCCGCCGAUAUAGGGCAGAUGUAUGAGCUCUUCAUCCAGCUCAGCAUUCACCUCAAGGUGAAUCUUAUGGGGUAUGACUACUCCGGUUAUGGGCAGUCCACCGGAAAGCCAAGUGAACAUAACACUUAUGCGGAUAUAGAAGCUGCUUACAAGUCUCUUGAAGAAAGCUAUGGUGCUAAGCAAGAAGAUAUUAUCCUUUAUGGGCAAUCUGUUGGGAGUGGCCCGACUGUGGAUCUUGCUUCUCGUCUACCUCGACUAAGGGCAGUUGUUUUGCACAGUCCAAUCCUGUCAGGGUUAAGGGUCAUGUACCCUGUGAAGCGGACUUACUGGUUUGACAUCUACAAGAAUAUUGACAAAAUUACAUUGGUGAAAUGUCCAGUUUUGGUCAUUCAUGGAACAUCUGAUGAAGUGGUUGAUUGUUCCCACGGGAAGCAGCUAUGGGAACUAUGUCAGGAGAAAUAUGAACCAUUGUGGCUGAAGGGUGGGACCCACUGCGACUUGGAACUAUACCCAGAAUACAUAAGACACCUGAAGAAGUUUGUAUCAACAGUUGAGAAACCCCUUUCACAGCGUAGCAUCUCAAGGAAGAGUAUAGACCGGGCAGAGAAUUCCCGGAAAAGCACAGAUGGCCCGAGGAAAAGCACCGACAGGAGAGAGAAGCCGAGACACAGCACGGACAAACAGCCAGAAAAGCUUUUGAUGACGAACUUCAAAUUCUCCAGUGAAGAGAAGUUCUCAAAGCUGAGGAUUCCUUUCGAUCAUCAGAUGGAGAGGUCCCGAAGGAGUGUAGAGAUUUUUGAGAAGCCACGCAGAAGCAUCGAGCAACAGAUGGAAAAGGCUCGGAAAAGUGUUGAUUGGUUGGAAAGGAUUCGUGUUGGUUGAAUACUGCAAGCUGCAGCAGAGAGGACACUGUAAAUUUAGCUAAACCGCGGCUUGGGGGGAGGAGCCGAGGAGGAUAUUUCGGGGGGUCUGGUUAACUUAUAAUGGCCUAUGUUGUGUCCUUUAGCAUAUGUACUGGGGACUAUUUUUGUCUUUUGUAAUGUGUAUUUUUGUGUGGGAAAGGUAGAGAGAAAGAGAAAGAGAAAAAUUUGAUGAUAUGAUUGUGUUUUUGUUGGCUGAUUAUUAAGUAGCAUCAUUUUAGUUUUUGUAUAGGAAAUGCUUUUCUUAAACAUCAGAUUUUGGAUUAUUGAAAUUCCCAUCUUUAAAGAAUUUAUGUUGCCUUUACAUUCUGUAGUUGAUUUGAUAUGAUGA